AAUAUUUUAAAAUUAAUGCUGUUAUUUAUUGUGACAUAUUUUCAGAAUUUUGAUCAUGAAAGUGCUCUUCAUUCUGCUGCACAGUAUGGUCACACUGAAAUUGUUAAACUUCUCCUUGAGAACAACUGUUAUCCAUCUGUACGAAAUGUUAGAAAUGAAUCUCCUCUGGACUUGGCUUCACAAUAUGGCCGGUUAGAUACUGUUCAGUGCUUACUGAAUUCUCAUCCAGGUCUACUCUCAGACAUUGUAAGAUGUCAUUCUCCACUUCAUCUUGCUGCUAAAAAUGGACAUAAACAUGUGGUUAAGCUCCUAUUGGACUCUGGAUUUGAUAUUAAUUAUAUGACAGACAUUGGCACUGCAUUGCACGAGGCAGCUAUGUAUGGUAAAUUAGAAGUUGUGAAAUUGCUUCUGGAUUAUGGUAUCAAUCCAAAUCUUGAAAAUAUUAGGAAAAGAACUGUUUUUGAUAUUUUGGAUGAUCUGAACACAUGCAUUGCAAAGCAGAUUGAGGAGGUUAUAAAAGAUCAUUUGACUCUUAUAAAGCUUGAUGUUGGUAGCAAUGACUCUCUAUCUUCAAUUCUGCCACCACAGGGAUUUGUUGUAGGUACACAUAUGGACUCUUUAUUACCUGAAAGAUGUAGCCUUUCUGAAAUAACACCUCCUCGACAGUUUUGUUCACCUGCUCUAGAUGAGGCAUUGUAUGAUAUUCCACCGCCACCAAAAUUAGUUAGUCAGAGCUCUCCAAGGGCCAAUGACAGUUUGAGUUCGUUAACACCUUCCCAGUCUCAGGAUUCCUGUUUUGAUCAAACUUCUUGCAGUAGUUGCAGCCCAUCAAAAUGUGAUCCAUCUGAUUCUGUUUACGAAAAUAGCAUUUAUCAAAAUGUUGAUUCUGAUAGCUUGCUGUAUGAAAUUCCUCCUCCUCCUUCCCUUUUCUCUAGCAAACGAUAUUCUGAUCCGUUACAGCAAUGUUCACUGUAUCAGAAUGUGACUUUGUCAGAUUCAAAUGAAAGAAAAGAUAUUUCUUUUCAUUCCACUUCAAUGUCUACUACUUGGACUCUGCAGAAUAGUUACAUUCCAAUGUUGCCUGCAAGUUCUGGUGGUAACCGUCCACAGGCUGCUACUAAACCUCCUGCUAAACCUCCUAGGAAAUCUGUUAGUCCACAUUCCUCAGAACCAAAAAGUGCUGCUUCACAGAGGAAUGCUUAUGAAUUCCUUUGCCUUGCAUCCAGUAGAGUCAGUGCUAAUUCUUCAAAGUUCCUUGACAGAAAUAAGAACAAGCACGAUGGAUAUAGUUAUGUUAAUCUUCAUCAUAAAUCAGACUAUGUUGAUAUGUCUCUUACUAAUAGAGGUAUUGCAACAUAUGAAAAUCAUGAUAUCAUAUGUGCCAAUGGACUAGAUAUUGAUAAGAAAUCUUCCAAUAGUGAGAAUAAAUGGAAUUCACAUUUUUCUUCCUCAACUAGCAAAUUUUCUGAAAUACUACCAUUUUCUUUGUUCUGUGAUGAUGUGCACAGAAAAGUCAAUUCUUUUAAUAAUCUUAUGCCAUCUAAAAGUACUCCAGCACUCCAUGCCUCUAGACAUACUUUAGAUCAAGUGCUUCCUGUUACUACUAAAGAACUCCAUGCUCUGAAACCAAAUCACUUAAAUUUGAAAAAAAAGAGAGCUUCUGUUCAAAUACCCACAAGUCCAACAAAUUAUCAGCAACCACCAACGCCUGAUAAUCCACCGCCAUCACCAGGUACUGCAGAAAUAGGUAUUCAUGAAAAAAUUCAUCCUGAUGGACAGGUAAAAUAUUUCAGUUGUUUUCUCAACUAUUAUUAUUUAUUUAUCCCCCAACUUUCCAAUUUAUUCAGUCUAAAUUGUGUGUAUUUUUUUUCUCAUAACUAGAAUAGAAAAUAGCUCAUAAAAAUUGAACUGAAUAAUUGAACUUUCAUGAAUAAACUCCGAAAAUGAAUUCAGGUUGUAUGUACUUGUAAAAUAAUCUUUAACUUAAUCUUCUAAAUCUCAUAUUUACUUUGCUAAUUUUGUUUCAACUCUGGUUGUGUUCCAAAGUCUCUUCAGUCCUUGUCCUUGUUUCCACACAAGAUCUAAUGCUUAUGUUUCUACAUAUAGUAGGUAAUGAUCACGAUCUUUGAGACAUGGAUUUAGAAGGCGAUACUGUAUCGGUUACAAGAAGUUUUCCUUGUGAAAUUCUUUAGAAAUUCUGCAUAAAAACAAUUUUUUUCACAGGAAUUGAUAUGUUAGAGUUUAUUAUUUCAGUGCAGUUUCUUUAUCAAAAUCCAAUAUUUUGGACCUGAUU